AUGGAGCACCUCCGAGCACGCAUCGACGGUGGCGCAACGGGAAGUGAGGGGGACGUCAAGGCCCAGGGCCUCGUAGCCGUUGCCGUUUUCCUCACCCUCUUAUUCGUCAGCAUAGGCGUAGCCUGCGCACUCGUCGUGAAGGAGAUCCUGUUCCUGAGAAAGCACGCCGAAUGCGAUAUCGAGAUGGGGGAUUGCGCACCCAAAGACAAGGAGAAUGGUGACGACCUUCGUCGCGGUAGCGGCAGCGAGGACACUCUCAGUAGAGAUACUCCUACUCGGUCGGAAGGGGGCGAAGGGGAGCAGGAGGCGCCACCGUCGACGUGGCCCCUGAGCGAGCCUAAAAGCCACAAGAGCUCGGAAAGUGGCACCAUGGCCUCCUCGUUUUUCGACGAAGGCAACAAGAUUAGAGACUGGGUUCGCAGGAAGCUCAGCCGGAUAGGUCAUAAGCUGCGUCGCGAAAAAGCCGAACAUCACGCCCAGAGGGAGGAGGAGUCUGACGUGGGAGGGGAGCCAGCUGGGGCCCCUCCCCCGGACGCAGACCCCAGGCCAGCUCCUCGUGUCUCAGCUGUGGAGGCUCCACCGUCCCCAGAGCACGCUGCGGGCCAAGACGACGUCCAAGCUGAGCAGUCGCCUCCCCAGGGCGCUGGCCGUCACGAGGAGGAAGAGGAUCUGUACGGCGUAGAGGAUAUCCCCUCGGUAGUUGCGCCGAGCGCGCGAAAUGAGCCAGAGGUGAUUGGAGACCACCUUCCAACGGCCUUGUGA